CUGGCCUGGCUGUGGCAGUGGCCCCGAAUCCACUUCAUCGAGUGGUGUCCCGGCAUUGCACAUGCCCCCACUUCACCCGCUCCGGUGCCGCCACGCCGGAUCGUCCUUUAAUUCUCCAUUGCGAGUCCCUCCCAAUAUCGUGGAGAGCUUCUCUUCCUCUGCACGAUCAUACUGCCGACACGAUAAUUCAUUGGUCAUGAGGCCCUCAGAACAGGUCGUCGUCGCUCUGCGGCGCGCAGCCUCGUCGACCUCCGCUGCUCGCUCUAGCCGACAGAUCCUUCCGCGACUGCAACAUCCCACGCCAACUCGAAGCCCAGCUGUGCACCAUGGCACCCGCCAAUUCCACACGCAGCUGUCACGACGCUCAGGCUCGUCCGCCACCGGCGAGGCUUCAAACCCAGCAAUGGCUUUUCCUUGCCUCGACGCCCUCGAGACCCGCUCCGCGACCCUCGAGGCUCGCUCGCUCUCGACAGGGCCCGAGCCCGCGUACACAGCCGGCGCAACCGAGGUCUUCAACUGCAAGGAGCCACUCCUGCUCGACUGGGGCGGCGUCCUGCCCGAGUUCGACAUUGCCUACGAGACCUGGGGCACAAUGAAUGCCGACAAAUCCAACGUCAUCCUGCUUCACACUGGCCUGUCCGCCUCAUCACACGCCCACUCGACCGAGAGCAAUCCAGCGCCCGGUUGGUGGGAGAAAUUUAUCGGCCCUGGCAACCCGCUCGACACAGAUAAAUACUUUAUAAUAUGCACAAACGUCAUCGGUGGCUGCUUCGGGUCCACGGGCCCAAGCAGCAUCGACCCUGCCGACGGCCAGCGAUAUGCGACUCGCUUCCCGAUCCUGACCAUGGACGACAUGGUGCGCGCCCAAUUCCGGCUUCUUGACGGACUUGGUGUGAACAAGCUCUAUGCAAGCGUCGGAUCAAGCAUGGGAGGCAUGCAGUCGCUCGCGGCUGGCGUGCUGUUUCCCUCGCGAGUCGGACGUAUCGUCUCAAUCAGCGGCUGUGCGCGGAGUCAUCCAUACAGCAUCGCGAUGCGGCAUACACAGCGCCAGGUGCUGAUGAUGGACCCGAACUGGAAUCGAGGCUACUACUACGGCAAGGUGCCACCCCACGCCGGCAUGAAGUUGGCUAGAGAAAUCGCGACAGUCACAUACCGGUCGGGUCCGGAGUGGGAGCAGCGCUUCGGGAGGAGGAGGGCAGACCCCACAAAGCCUCCCGCUCUGUGUCCAGACUUUUUGAUCGAGACAUAUCUCGACCACGCGGGAGAGAAAUUCUGCCUGACUUAUGACCCCAACAGCCUCUUAUACGUCAGCAAGGCUAUGGACCUGUUCGACCUUGGGGUCGACCAGCAGAAGGCAACCGCGGCCCGGCGGGCACAGCGCGAGAAGGAGAUCCAGUCGGGCGGCACACAGCGCGCUCAAGAUGCCUCGUGCAGCUUGACGCUGCCUGAGCAGCCAUACGCGGAGCAGCCAGGCUCGCAGGCGGAUGAGUCUGGGGCGGUGACGGUACCGUCGGACAUGCGCCCGCCGGAGGACCUCAUUUCGGGGCUGGCGGGUAUCCGCGAUAUUCCGACCCUGGUCAUGGGCGUGUCAAGCGAUAUCUUGUUCCCGGCGUGGCAGCAACGCGAGGUUGCGAAUGCGCUGAGACUGGGCGGGAAUAGGAACGUUGCGCACGUGGAGUUGAGCGAGGAGCAGAGCAUGUUUGGCCACGACACAUUCCUGUUGGAUCUGAAGAACGUUGGCGGCAGUGUCAAGAACUUUCUGGGUUGAGGAGAACAAAAGUUGAAACAUGUACAAUCAACGAUACUAUUAUUAUUACAGAGUCUGAUUAUGGUGUUCUGGAAACUUGUGGAAGGUACCGGACGUGCAGCAGUCGCAGGCGCGACCGUCGACAUCAGCGGCACCGAGACAACCUCACGCCCAAAGCACCACGAACCGUUCAAUGCCCAGCAUAAACUUCAUCCCACAAUCUCCUCACCAGGCGAUUUGGAACUACUGGAAGCCUUGCAGGUUCGUACGUCACAGGACAGCUGCCCAGCUGCGCGUUUGCAAACCAACAGUCCCACAUUUCCGCCCUGCCUGGGUUCCAACAACACCAACCAACAACCCCUCAUCUGGGAAACCCAGGCACGGCAGGGCUGAUGCCUGGGGCAACUCCAACACGAGUAUAUAACGAAAUGAG